GAUUUAAGAAGCAGACGGGGCUUGUCAUACUGGGACUAAAACUUUGGGGAAUUUUCACUGUAAUUAUACUGGAUUUGUGUUUGCAAGGAUAUACAUAAUUUCACUCUGGAUAUGCGGACUCGUCUGCUGCUUCCCAGGUUUAAAACGUUUUCCCUAAAUAGAGGAAUACUCCUCUCCCACAGAGCAAGACAAUGAGAAUUCCCGGGCAAUCGGUGGGCGCUAAUAAUGUGAAGUGUACCUGGCCUUGGAGCACUGACUUGAUCCCCUGAGAGAGCUCAGCACAAAAUGAACAAACUGAGCUUUCAGAAUAAUAGAGCCAUGCAAGAUCGAUGGAGUGUUUGUGUCUUUCUCCCCAAUGAUGGUACCUUAAAUAUCAUUAUAAAUGUUAAAGCACUUUGUCAGGAGCUCCUUGCUCAAGUAUGUGAUCUCCUCAGACUGAAAGACUGUCAUCUCUUUGGCCUCAGUGUAAUUCAAAACAAUGAACAUGUUUAUAUGGAGCUUUCACAGAAGCUUUAUAAAUACUGCCCCAAGGAGUGGAAGAAAGAAGCCAGUAAGGGAAUUAACCAGUUUGGCCCACCUAUGAUAAUCCAUUUUCGAGUGCAAUACUAUGUGGAAAAUGGCAGAUUAAUAAGUGACAGAACAGCAAGGUAUUAUUAUUACUGGCACCUGAGAAAAGAAGUAUUGCGCUCCCAUUGCAUACAGAGAGAAGAGGCCUACUUCCUACUGGCAGUCUUCGCUCUGCAGGCCGACCUUGGGAGCUUCAAAAGAAACAAACACUAUGGAAAAUAUUUUGAGCCAGAAGCUUACUUUCCUCCAUGGGUGAUCAAGAAGCGAGGGAAAGACUAUAUCUUAAAACACAUUCCAAACAUUCAUCGAGAUCAGUUUUCCCUAAAUGUGUCCGAGGCAUAUCUGAUGUAUAUUAAAGAGGCAGCACGCUUGGAGGAUGUAGCACUCCAUUACUAUAGGUUGUAUAAGGAUAAAAGGGAAGUUACAUUACGAGGAAUCCAAAUAUUUCAGAGUACGGGUGAUGAAAAACAAUUGCUUUAUGACUUUCCUUGGACAAAUGUUGGAAAGCUGGUAUUUGUGGGCAAAAAGUUUGAGAUUUUACCAGAUGGUUUGCCCUCGGCCAGGAAAUUAAUCUAUUAUACUGGCUGCUCCCUGCGAUCUCGGCAUCUCCUUCAGCUGCUCAGUAAUAGCCACCGUCUGUACAUGAAUUUACAACCAGUACUGCGCCGUGUCCGGAAACUGGAGGAAAAUGAAGAGAAAAAGCAAUACAGAGAGUCCUAUAUCAGUGAUGCAUUGGACCAGGAUUUGGAUCAGCUAGAGAAAAGGUCCCACGCCAGCGGGAGCAGUGCAGGAAGUGUAAAGCAUAAACGCCUCUCUAGGCAUUCUACAGCCAGUCACAGCAGCUCACACACAUCGGGAAUAGAAGCAGAUACAAAACACAGGGACAUUGGCCCAGAGGAUAGCUUCUCUGGGACGUCGUUCCAUUGUAAACUGAAAACCUGCAGCUCCAUGAACAGUCACAGUAGUUCCCAUACCUCCGGGGCAGAGAGUGCCGGCAAAGACAGACUGGAAGAUGACUCACAGGAUGACGAAGUAGAAAUGUUGGUUGAUGAUCCAAAGGACCUUGAUCUGCCUCUGGACGAUAACCCUGAACAAUAUAUUUAUAUCACAGAAGACAUGCUGCUUUUACAACAGUUAAAUGGCAAUUCAGGGUUGGUUGUAAAAGAAGUAAACUCUUCUACAUCCAGUUCCUCAGAAACUGUAGUGAAGCUUCGAGGACAGAAUGUGAAG